GGCGAGAGGGCGGUGGGGAGAGCCGGGGGGAAACGGAGGGGUCCUUCUGAGGGCUGUCCUGCGCCGCGCCUGAGCUACUCUCGCCCCGCGGUGGGGCUGUCGGCGGCUCCGUGACGCCCGUCGCGGCGAGCUCCUAAAAGGAGCAGCUCCUCUCCGGGCGGCCGGCGGGCGCUGGGCUGCGUGCCGGCGGCCCCGCCGCUGAGGGUUGAGGGGGGUCAGGCGGCCGCGCGGUCCGCCUCGCUUCCUCUUCGGGCCAAGAUGGCGGGGGAUGAGGCGGGAGUGACUCUGGGGCAGCCGCACCUCAGCCGGCAGGACCUCGCCACCUUGGAUGUUACCAAGCUGACGCCUCUUUCACCAGAAGUCAUCAGCAGACAAGCAACAAUUAAUAUAGGUACAAUUGGUCAUGUAGCCCAUGGAAAGUCGACAGUAGUCAAAGCUAUAUCUGGAGUUCAUACUGUCAGAUUUAAAAAUGAACUGGAAAGAAAUAUCACAAUCAAGCUGGGUUAUGCUAAUGCAAAGAUUUACAAGCUGGAUGACCCAAGCUGUUCCCGGCCAGAGUGUUACCGAUCCUGUGGAAGCAGCACCCCAGAUGAGUUUCCCACAGAUAUUCCUGGCACCAAAGGGAACUUUAAAUUAGUCAGGCAUGUCUCUUUUGUGGAUUGUCCUGGCCAUGAUAUUUUGAUGGCUACUAUGUUGAACGGUGCAGCAGUAAUGGAUGCAGCUUUACUAUUGAUAGCUGGUAAUGAGUCAUGCCCUCAACCCCAGACCUCAGAACAUCUAGCUGCUAUUGAAAUCAUGAAACUGAAACACAUUUUGAUUCUACAGAAUAAGAUUGAUUUGGUGAAGGAGAGCCAGGCUAAGGAACAGUAUGAACAGAUUCUUGCAUUUGUACAAGGUACAGUUGCAGAAGGAGCUCCAAUAAUUCCAAUCUCAGCACAGUUGAAAUACAACAUUGAGGUAGUCUGUGAGUACAUAGUGAAGAAAAUCCCAGUUCCUCUGCGAGACUUCACAUCUGAACCAAGGCUUAUUGUAAUUAGAUCUUUUGAUGUCAACAAGCCUGGCUGUGAAGUUGAUGACCUUAAGGGGGGUGUAGCUGGUGGCAGUAUUCUAAAGGGUGUUCUAAAGGUGGGCCAGGAAAUUGAGGUCCGGCCUGGUAUUGUGUCCAAGGACAGUGAAGGAAAACUCAUGUGCAAGCCAAUCUUUUCCAAAAUUGUGUCACUCUUUGCUGAACACAAUGAUCUGCAAUAUGCUGCUCCAGGAGGUCUUAUAGGUGUUGGUACCAAGAUUGAUCCAACUUUGUGCCGGGCUGACCGAAUGGUUGGCCAAGUUCUUGGUGCAGUCGGAGCACUGCCAGAAAUAUUUACAGAGCUGGAAAUCUCCUAUUUCUUGUUGAGACGACUGUUAGGUGUGCGCACUGAAGGGGACAAGAAAGCUGCAAAGGUGCAAAAAUUAUCAAAGAAUGAAGUUUUAAUGGUAAACAUAGGAUCCCUGUCUACUGGGGGGAGAGUCAGUGCAGUAAAGGCUGAUUUGGGGAAGAUUGUGCUAACCAACCCAGUAUGCACAGAAGUGGGAGAAAAAAUUGCCCUGAGUCGAAGAGUUGAGAAACACUGGCGUUUAAUUGGUUGGGGUCAAAUCAGAAGAGGAGUAACAAUCAAGCCAACUGUUGAUGACGACUGAGGAACAAAAGAGAGUGCUUCAUUUUUAAAGAUGAAGUGCCUAUUUCUAAUUAGGAGGGGAUAUGUUUUCAUGGUGGAAUUGGAAGCUGUGCAAACCUUAUCUUUGAGUUGUAUGGCUGUCCUGAAACAUUUUAUUGAAUUUACCCUCUUACUAAAAUACUAAUCACUAUCACCAUUAAAAGUGUAAAAGAAUUGGCAUAGAAGUGGGUCUCGUUAUCCACAUUUUAGUAGAAAUCAAUUGUACAUGUCCCAUGGCAUGUGUAAUUUAUGUUGUGUUUCAGACAUAUCUGUUUAAUCAGUCAGGCCAGCCCCAGUGUAACACACCAACUAUAAAUCUGGUAUUGAAAUAAAAUAUUGCUUAUUUUCAUUAAUUCAUACAAUUUUUCUGAGUAACAGAAGACUGCAGUGAUUGUUCAACCAGUACAAGAAUUAAAAGGGGGAAAAAAAAGUCCCCCUCAAGACUACUACCCUUUCUGCAGCUGUUUACAACAAAAACUUUCUUUGCAUGGUUCUGACUUGAGGAUUCCAGCUGUAUUACACUUCAUAAUCGGGAUGGCAGUGUUGACUGACUUAAAUAUGUCACUUCCAAUAUCAUAAGGAGUUUUGGUUAAAUCCCCAAAGAAGAACUAGAAGUAAACUGGAUCUGAACUGGCAGUACUGGUUUUUUUACUUUAUUUUAGUGUGGAUUUACGAAAAGAACAUGAUUUGUUUGAA